AUGGAGACAGUAGAUGACUUGGAUACCAUUGACGUGGAAUUAGAUGAGUUUUUCAAACACAAACAAAGAAGUCGAUGCAAAGAUGAGUUCCUAAACACUCUCACAGACGAAGCGCUUGACGAAUGCACCAUACCUGAGAUAAACCUAAAUGAUUUUGAAGGAAUUUCGGAAGAUGAAGCACCACAGGAGAAGCAGAGUGAUAGUGAGGGUGACGAUGAAGACAAAUUGCAGUUUCAAUACUCAACCCAUGACCCGAAGGUGAAAUGGAACAAUAUGGAGCCAGUUCUUGGGGAGAGGUAUGAAUCACCACACCAACUAAAGCUUUGUUUGACAAAUUACUCUAUAAGUAGGGGUUAUCCAAUUAGGUUCAAGAAAUGUGAUAGUAUAAGGCGCGUGGCUGUAUGUGCAAGUGACCCUGAGAAAUUUCAAUGUCCCUUUGUUGUAAGGGCCUCAUGGAUGAGCACUGAAAGAUCAUUCCAAAUCAAAAAAUGGGUUGAGCAACAUACCUGUGUUAGGAAUUUCCGUAGUUCUAAUAUUAUGGAUCCCACAUGGAUAGCUAGGCAGUUACUAAAGGAGAUGAUUAGGAAACCAAAUCCGAAAUGUAAGGAAAUGCAAGCUAUUAUUCAAAGCAGGUUGUUUAACUUGAAGCAAGAAGCACGUAAAUGGGUGAAUGAUGUGUAUCCAGGAGCUAUUAAGAAAAUGUAUGAGUUUGCUUUUGAUAUCAAGAGUUGGUAUGUUCAUCCUAGUGGUUCGAAUGCUUUUGAAGUGAGAAAUGGCUUCCACUCAUAUGGAGUGAACUUAGAGGGGAUGUACUGUAGAUGCAGAAUUUUGGAGUUAUCUGGGAUCCCCUGUGUCCAUGCCCAAGCAACCAUAAUUUACAUACAACAGGAUCCAGCUAGAUUCAUCAGCACAUGGUUUGAUAAGGACAAGUUUUUAGCUACGUAUGAGUCUAACAUCCUUCCUGUUAAUGGCAGUAAUAUGUGGGAACCAACGCCUUACACCAAACCACUAUCACCUGUUGAAACAAGGAUGCCAGGAAGGCAUUGUAUAAAAAGGAAAAAGCAUGUCUCUGAGCAUGAAGACAGUGAACAUGUACCAGAAACACAGGAAGCAGAUGUUAAGAUUGAUGUUGAAGGUGAUGGUCUUGAUAUGGCUGAUCUGGAUCAAAUACUGCAUGAUUUGAGUUACCUUAGAGAGUCAAAAUACAGUGAAGCAGAGAUCCUUUUGUGUCUUAAUAUCACCCAAUCACAACUUAAAGGAUUUGAUGCUUUGCUUCACCAACCCAAACAAGCUGCAAAGGAUGUGCCUUUUGUGAGUGAACAUGUACCAGAAACACAGGAGGACAAUGAUGAAAACAAGGAGGAGAGUGACUAUGAAGAUAGAGUUGAAGAAUCACAGGAGGACAAUGAUGAAGAUGGAGUGGAGGAUGAUGAAGAGGGAGUUGAUGAUACUCAAGUUAGGGUUAAAACUCAAGUCAGUGUUAGAACAAGAAAACCUUCUGAAAGGAUCAUUGAAAACAUGUUGAAGAAAAUUGUGGUUGACAAGAAAGGAAUAGGAAUGGCUCCAGAAAAACCUCUUACUUUGGAUUAG